AACAGAUGUAAUGGGUAACCCAAGAUUACAAUGAAAUAUGUUUUGUUCUUCUAACUUUGGGUCCCUGAUAAUGAAGAAGUAAAAUAUCGACACAUUAGCGAAGCUGGGGCGGUUCUAUACAAUCUGUUGCUAAUCUAAACGUAUUUUCUUUCAGUUUUACCCAAGCAAGAAAAGCGGAGACUAAAAUGUUUAUAAAAAGGGAAGAAUGAAAUGGAAAAUUGAUAAAUUAAGCGUGUAAAUCAGCGAUGGUGGACACCAGGUGCCCUGAGAAAGAUAAAUUAAGGAUAUGGAUUAGAGAGAAAAAAAACUAAUCUAAAAUUUGCCGAGAGGAACUUGCCUAAAUACUGUACUUUACAAAUUCAAAUGUUUUUUCUACAUAUCGGAAAUUGAAAGACUGUGUAUAGAUGAAGUAUGGAGACAUUUUUGCAGAAUAACAAGGGUUUGGUUUCAUAUUGUGUCUUCCUCUGCUGCUUAUUUAAAGUGUUUCUCUCAGCGAGAGCUGAUGAAAACGAGUUCCGUCUAAUAAGAGAUAUCAUGGUCAGAUAUGAUAAACGGAUCCGCCCCUCCAUCAAUUACACCCUUCCUACGACAAUAAACUUCAGCGUUGCUCUGGCGCAGAUCAUAGAUGUGGAUGAAAAGAAUCAGAUAAUUACAACCAAUUGUUGGCUACACUUGAAUUGGAUGGACAAUAUGUUGAGUUGGGUUCCACGGAAAUAUGGAGGGAUUAAAGUGAUUAGACUGCCAUAUGACCAAGUAUGGCGUCCGGAUAUCCUUCUUUAUGACAAUGCAGAUGUUGGAAAAGCGCAAUCCUCAGUCAGCACUAAUGUCAUCGUAUCGGAGACCGGAAGUGUCACGUGGUUAUCCAUGUGGAUUUUCAAAAGUUCCUGUUCUAUCGACGUUCGAUAUUUUCCGUUUGACGUACAGAAUUGUUCUAUGAAUUUUGCAUCGUGGACCUUCGAUGCUUAUCAAAUGGACAUAAGAAACGAAGCAAAAGUGGGCGAUUUGACAAACUAUGUGAAUAGCUCAGAGUUUGAGAUUCUAGAAUUCAGUUUCAAACGUCACGUGGUUAUUUUCACGUGUUGUCCUGAGCCCUACGUAUUUAUUACCUACACCCUGGUUUUUCAACGCAAACCACUGUUUUACUUGUUUAAUAUGGUGAUGCCGUGUAUUUUGAUAACAAUGGUGGCGCUGUUGGGUUUCUACAUGCCCAAUGACUCAGGAGAGAAGAUAUCACUGGGGAUAACAACACUUCUAUCUAUGACCGUCUUCUUGAUGAUUGUAGCAGAUAUUUUACCACCGGUGUCGGACAUUGUUCCCCUUAUUGGACUUUAUUAUGGCAUGUCCAUUGCCCUUAUUUCCCUAUCAACAGCGCUCAAUGUCUUCACUCUGAACGUCCAUCACAAGGGAUUACGUGGUCAUAAAGUUCCUUACUGCCUCAAACGUGUUUUCUUUGGAAUUGUAGCCAGGAUGCUUUUUCUCAAGAUUGAUUUACCAGUCGCUCCUGAAGAAGGAAUGGAACAAGUUCCCUCUCCGAGAUAUAUUAUUUACGACAGCGAGCCACCGCCUGCAUCAAACGGUGGUGGAGGAAUGUCCCCUAGACUCAUGCAGAAAACAGAGCCAGAUGACCCAUGUCAUAAAGAAUUCACAAGGAUAUUACAACGAGUUAACAAGACUAUCGACCGAAAUGAUCAGCGAAUGGCUGAACAAGAUAGGCGUGACGUCAUCAAGAAUGAAUGGCAACAGUUAGCCCUAGUGAUUGACAGGUUACUCCUUGUCCUGUUCAUUAUCAUUGUUAUAUGUUCUACCUUGUCAUUGUUAGUUCCCGGAAGUAAAUAUUCACACCCGGUUAAUAAGGAUGAGUAAACCACAGCGAUUGCUAAAAUAAAAUAAAACAUAUACCGGUUUGAAAAUAGAAUUUUUUUAACGAGUCAAUUUUUUUGAUAUUCUAGUAUACAGUGUAACAUAUGAUAUACAUAUUGUUUUAACUAGAGGAACUAGUUUCAGAACCAACAUUUUGAAUAGUUAUUCAAUAAUUUUGUUUUUAUUUUUCAGUAUCUGAAUUGAUCUUUGCUUUGUGAUGAAUAAAAUUGAUUUGUUUUCA